CGCAGGUCGACCGCUAUAAGUUUGAGCGCAUCACCCGUUGCUGGAUCGCCAAACCGGCCUCUGUCCGAGUCAUGAACCUCCGUCUCUGACGUUCGGUGGUGUCGAAACAUCGCAACUCCCAUCAUCAUCACAGGCACAAAUCCCCAUAUUUGCAACUGGUCCAAGACAGCCAGGCGAGAGCACAAUCCAACAAUAGAACAGCCGGAGCCUCUUCCCCUCCACCGCCAAGAUGCACCUCCCAAUAACCACUCUCCCCCUCGUCCUCCUAGCAACCACCGACCACGCCCUCGCCCGCCCACACGAGACCCUCGGCAACCUCGACUUCGCCGACCCCUCCAUCACCUACGACCCGCACUCCUCAGCCUGGUACGCCUUCGCCACACAGGCAAACAACAAACACGUCCAAGUCGCGACCGCCCCUUCCCCCAGGGGGCCCUGGACCUAUCUCCCUUCCACCGACCUGCUCCCCGUCCCGGGAUCCUGGGUCGACACCACCUCCCCGCGCAUCUGGGCGCCCGACGUGCAGUACCUCUCGGAAAGCGACCGCUUCGUGCUGUACUACUCGGGUCUCGUGGCCGGCGGUUCGCCGUAUCACUGCGUCGGCGCGGCCACGGCCGAGAACAUCACCGGCCCGUAUACCGCGCAAGCCGAGCCGCUGAUCUGUCCGCUGGACGAAGGCGGGGCGAUCGAUGCGGCCGGGUUCAGGGAUGAGAGCGACGGGUCGAGGUGGGUGGUGUACAAGGUCGACGGGAGUGCCAAGGGCCCCGGCGGGCCGUGCGGGAAUGGCGAUCCUCCCGGGGUGCCGACGCCGUUGCGGCUGCAGCGGGUGGACGAGACGGAUGGGGUCACGCUUGUCGGGGAGGCCGAGACGAUUCUGGAUCGGGAUCCGGAGCUGGAUGGCCCGCUUGUUGAGGCGCCCAGCUUGGUGAGGGCUGGCGGUAAGUUUGUGCUGUUCUACUCGUCGCAUUGCUUCAAUAGUCCGGAUUAUGAUGUGAAGUAUGCGACGGCGGAGAGGAUUCAGGGGCCGUACACGAGGAAAGGGCAGCUCAUUGGGAAGCAGGCGGGCGAUUAUGGAUUGGAGGCGCCGGGAGGCGCUACGGGCGUAAUGGGUGGUUUGGCAAUGGUGUUCCAUGCGAACUGUCCGGCAGGGCGGUGCAUGUAUGAGACAGAGUAUGUGUUGGAGGGUGGUGAGAUCAAGAUUCCUGCUUGAAAGGGGACUGUUGUAUUGGCCUUGGGUGCAAGGCAAGGAGGGACUGUUACAUUGCUCGUUGUCAGCGGAUAGAUAUCUUUCAUAGAGGUGAACUCGAGCACAGGAUAGAUAGUAACCUAC